AGAUUUGGCUUGUUCGUUAAAAUCCUUUAUACAUAUUUAUUUGAAAGUAAACAGGCUUAAAGUUCAAUACACAGGAUUUUUUAUUUUGCUUUUUAUAAGUCUUCUUGUGAAAGUUUUGAAUGUUGGGAUAUUUUGGGUGUAAACGACUUUGAUGGCAACAAUCAUAAAUGUGGCACUACCGUAAAGGUCACUGUGCUUAUAAAUAGGUUAUGCGGUGUUAAACAUGGCGUCAAAAACCGACAAGAAGUAAAUAAAACUGACAGUUUAAAUUUUUGUAGAAUAUUGUUGGAUUUAAUCACUUUUGUUCACUAUGUAUUUUAUGUCUGAUUUUUGCCGAGUUUGCCUUCAAGGGGAAAAAGGACUUAAAGACAUUAUGAAGGACAAAGAAACUCCCGAUAGUUUAUACAGCAAAUUAAAGUUAUGUGUGUCAGAAGUUGAUUGGUGUAUGUAUAAGACUAUGUUUAUAUGUGAGAAGUGUGUAAUUAAGUUGAACACAGCAUUUGAAUUCAAGUGUCAGUGUAUCAAAUCUACAGAAAUUUUAAGAAACUUUUUAAAUCAAUUGGGUAUUGAAGAAAGUAAGACUGACGUGAAACGACAUGAAGUAAAUUCAACAAUUGUAGAAGAAAAUUUAAAAGCAUCAAAGGAUAAAUCGGACUUAAAUCCAGCAUCUUUUGUUCAUGUAAGGCCUGAUCAACAACUAUUUACACCUGGCCACUUACAAAAUGUGAUAGUUUCUCCUAGUGCAACACAAAGUGUUUUUCCUAAUCUGUUUUUUAAUCUAAUCCCAACAAAUUUAUUGAAAGCUUCAAGCCCACCUCCUUUAAGUUCUGUUAGUAGGCUUCCACUAUCAAAGACUGCUCCUCAAGCAAAAGAUGCAAAUCAAAAUAUGUUUGUGAGCAUUCACAGAUUUUUUCCUGUAAUUUCUCCAACAAAAGAUAGUACCAUUAUUCAGUCAUCAACAAAUCAUAGUGUUAUGCCAUCUAUUUCAACAAAUAAUGUUCAACCAGAAAUUACAAGACCUGUAGUUAAAUCAAAGGAAGUUUCACAAAUAUUAACUGAAAACAAUAGUGAAGAGUUAAGCAUUGAGAUUGAUCCAGCAUGUUUUGAUUUAGAAGACGAGGAGAGUCCAGACAGUAUAAAUAAGUCAGAAAUGAACAUUUUAAGAGACUGGGAAGAUGUUAUUGUAAGUAACAAGAUAUCCUCUGAGCAUGACAAUAUAAAUAUCAGAACAUCCUUAAAUAACUCACUUCCUACUUUAAACAAAAUGCUGGAAGUUAACAAUAGCCCUGCACCUCUUGACAUAGGAAGUAUUCAUAAACGAAGUAAUACUCACAAUCCACAUAGUGCCAGUAUUUCAAUUGUCCCAAAACAGCAGCCAUAUGUGGGUAAUUAUGUGCCUGUUUGUCCAAAAUUACCUGAACAUCUGGCUACUAUGGAUUUUGAAGAAAAAAUUGAGUUUUUUAAUGCAGGGCAUUUCAUGACACAAAAAGAACCAGAGAAAUCAUCAGCUAUAGAUUGUAUAAGAAUAUUUUCUUGUGAAAUGUGUUCAAAUACAUUUGACUCUUUACAAAAGUUAAACAGCCAUAUCAAACAACAUCAUUCAGGGAAGUUUCCAUACAGAUGUAAAUAUUGUUUUAUGGAGUUUGCAGUUCGGUCACAAUUCAAGGAACAUUUACAUGCCCAUUUAUCAGAUUCUGGUGAUAAUUAUACAAAAGAUACCAUCACAUUAGACGAUUUAAAUUCUGAGCAUCAUGAAUCAUUAGUAUUAAGUUGCGUAAAUUAUAAACCUACCCCUCCACAAAAAACUGAGCAAACAGAAGGAGAAGGUGAAGCUGAAACUGGCGAAUUUAAAUGUGAGCAAUGUCCUAGAAGAUUUAACAGUUUACACGGCUUAUCUCGACAUAAAGUACGAAAACAUAACUUUAAAGCAAAGAAAAAGUAUUUUAUAAAAGGCAUGAAAAAUGCCAGAUGUGAUAUUUGUAAUAGAGAAUUUUCUACGCAAUCUUACUUGCAGUUGCAUAUUAAACUGCAUUAUCGUAAAAGUGAUUUUAGACGUAAAGUUUUUUGUAAGGAAUCGUAUGCGUCUGGUAGUCAUUUCUUAAACUUCAAUGACAAAAAUCAGUAUGAAGAGUAUAGCAUGAUAGACAAUCAUAUGUUGGAUAUCGAUGUUCACAUGGAUACUGACGAGUCAUUUUCAUUAGAUGCUAAUGUAGGAGAAACAUUCACAGAAGAUACUAACAUUUCUUCAAAAACUGUUAAUGAAACUUUUGGUAUGGAUACCUCAUUAUCCACUUCUAACAUUAAUACCACAGUAAAAACUACUCAAAUAGAAAAUUCAUCAGAAAACUUUGCCAUGGACAGCUCUUCCACUGAAACUGUCGAUUCAUGUUUAGGUGAUUCAACAAAUACCGAGUUACUAGAUCCUUGUGACAAUAUAAAUCCUAACAUACUUUAUAAACCAAAUGUAAAUAACAUUUCUGAUGAUGAAAUCAAGGACAAAAAUGAAGACAGCAAGGAAGAACUGAUAAGUAAAUCUAAUAAUAAAGUUGAACAAAAGAGAAAUGGAACUGAAAACAAAAGCAGUAUUGAAAAUGAAAGUAAAGAAAACAAUGAGACUGUAUCAGAAAAUAUAGAUAGAUUUGAAAACAAUGAUGCCAAUUAUGCUGAUAGUAAGGAGGAAAAAGUUGAAGCCAAAGUCUGCCUUUCAAUGGAGAUUUUAGCCGAAAAAAAUGUGGAACCAAAGAAACAGAAAUGUGAAUUUCCUGUAUUACAAGAAAAUGAAAAGAAAGAAAACUGUGAUCCUCAGCCAUUUAAAGAUUUUAAAUCACGUGAUGAUAGUAAAAAACAUUCCAUUAGAAACGACGAUGUUACGGUAUCUAAUGUAGGCAUAAAAUUGAAAAUUAACUUACGAAAUAUUAAGCAAAACAGUCGAGAAGAAACCAUUGAGAGAAACAAAGAAGAUUUGGUUAAUGAAACAACACCAGAUGAAUUAGUAGCUGCAAAGCAACAAGAACAUACAGAACACCCUGCAAUAAAUGUUAUGGGUGAUUCAAAAAAAUGUAAAGAAAAAAAUAAAAAAAAUGAUAGUUCACGAACGUUUCCUAGAAAACGUAAGGGAAGUUCGUCUAAAAAGUCAUCAAGAAGAAAAUCGAAAACUAACAAAGUAAACGAAUCAAUAACAGAUCUGACAUUGACGUUGGAAGAAAUCGAUGUUACAGAAACAGUAAAUUCGUCACAUUUAAAAUUACCAGAAAAUAAGAAGCUGAUGGAUAAUGUGACAUCGUCAGAUGAUAUAGCACUAAUAGAUAACGUAAUUUCAGCAGAAAAGGAUUUACUAAAAGAAAAUGCAACAUCGAUAGCAAACGUGAUAUCGGCAAAUAGUACAUCAACAGAUAUCAACUCAGCAGAUGACACAAUUCUGAACGAUGCUGAAAACGAAAAUCAAACAUUCUUUAGUGGUUAUAAGAUUGAGAUGGUUAAUGGUCGACCUAAAUGCAAUUUUUGUAACAAACUUUUCAGUAGAAAACAUGAUUUGAAACGUCAUAUGAAUAAUAUACAUUUGAAAGCGAUAAAGUACAAGUGUCAUCUGUGUGAUGUCACCUUUUACGAGGCGUUCCAUCUUACGAGACAUUUGCGUCAGCAUAAUUGUUUUUUAACUUGUGCCGUUUGUCCGAAAAAUUUCAGUACACUGAGAGAUCUAAAGUGUCACGUGGACUCUAUUCAUAAAGAAGAUCCAUCUGUCCAAUGCGGAACUUGCAGUAUUGUGUUUUCGAACUUGGAAGAGUUGAAAGAUCAUAUCCAACAACAUGACAAGGAAGUGAUAUAUAAGUGUCAUCUUUGUACGGAUGAGUUUGGUGAAUCUCGGGACUUAACAAAACACCUUGUUGGACAUAGCGGUAUGUACUCAUGUGGUUCUUGUCAAGCUACAUUUGCGACUGAACACGAAUUGAACUUGCACCUUAAAGUGCACUCGUUAAACAUCUCUGAAGACACGAAAUACGAAUGUGAGAUUUGUCAUAACAAGUACAAAAAGAAGCGUUACUUGGCGAACCAUAUAAAGCAUUCGAAACAUAAUCGUAGUUUGGAGAAAAAGGACGCAGAUGAGGUGCAUGUUAACAGGGUAGAACGUAAUAAUUCUGAUGAUUCCACCUAGUGAAUCGUACGUAUCAUUUUACUUGUACAAAGUAAAUAUACUUUAAUGUCCUUAAAACAAAUACUGCUGCAUAUUCUAACAAAAAUACAGUCAAGGUGUUACGGUGAAUUUCUUCUUACUGUGACUUUCUAAUAACAUUAUGUAAAAUUAUUUAAAAUUGAUAUUUCAAUAUAACAUCAGAACACCUUAAUUUGGUUUAGUUAUUAUAAUACAACUAUUGAUUGAUAGUACAAGUUGUGUGGAUUGAAAAAAUUGUACUAGGUUUGGGUAAAAUUAUUUUUAGCACGAUGGAGUCAUGCGGAAAUCAUUACCUUUUUAUCUUUGAAGAAUGAAUUAAUUGUUAUGUAUCAGUAUUAUUUUUAAGGACAUUACAAACUAGUUGUUAUAGCACCAUAUCUGACAGGCAAAUACAUGUACUCUCAUUUCGUUUAUUUAAAACCGUAUCAUUAACGUAUUUAUUACAUUUCUUGCUAGAUUAGUUGCGGUAUUGUUGUAGAGUUUAAAUUUGACUCUAACAUAACUAAUAAUUGCAAUUUUUCGUUUAACGAUGUAUUGCCAAAGAAAAUUACUAAGGUAGACAAAUGUGUAAGAGAACUGAUUCGUUGAAUUUUGGUUUAAAUUUCGUUAAAUAAUAGACUGCUUCAAUGUUUGUUUUUAUAUUAAAAACUAAGAAAAACACACUGCCCUGAAUUUGCAGUAUUAAUUUAACUCAAUCUUUUUAGGGUGUGCUUAUCUAUAAUUAUGUUUAUUUUUAAUUUGAUUUUUAAAAAUAAAGUCAAAAAUAUUUGCUUUGUAAGAAUGUAAACGUAUAAUUUAAUUUUGAACUGUGAAAAAUGUGUGUACUUUUUAUGAGCAUAUUUCAGUAUGCAUAAAAUAUGCAUUUUCUUUUAUUUAUGAACACGUGUAUUUUAUUUGUAGCAUUUAGUAUUUUUAAAAAUUACAUUUAUGUUUAUAAAGAGUACAAGUAUCUCACAAUAUAAAAAAUACGCAAUAAUAUAGCGAUUGGUAAGAGGUCAAAAUAUCAAUGACUAGUGAUCAUUCUAACAAGUUAUUUCAUAUUAUAAAAAGAAAGAGAAAAAUUAUUUUUUUUUUCGUUAUGUAUGAUAUAGAUUAUUUACAGUCUUUCAAAAAAUAAAAAAC